AUGGUGAACGGAAGGGACCAGUUUCCAUCCACUUUCUUCGCGCAAUCCACUCCGAUGGCACUGGUAGGUAUUAUUUCUUCGUGGAACAACAUUCCAAUGCCAUUCAAAGCUCCACCAACGACACCGACACGCUUGCCAAGUUUCUUCACCAGCCAACGCAUCACACUGGCAGCCACUUCCGGCAGCGAUGGCUCAGCAGACCAAAGCCUCCGCUCGCUAGAUGACAGCGAACUCGCUCUGCUUGGCAUCCACCGGCAGAAUUCGGCCAGCUCAGACAAAGCUCGCGGCCCGUUUCACCCCAAUACCCACUCCGGCGGAGUGUCUUCACCGACAACCCACGAAAUUCCCUUCACGUCCGGUCAGGGCAGCACUAGGAUAAACAAUAAUCGUAAAAUUAAUUUAGUGUCUUACACAGCGAGUAUAGAUAAUAUUUUGAACAACCUCGAAGACAAGAAUGAUGAUGACGCCGACGACGGUGACGUCGUUGUCGUCGAUCGGCGCUUCGAGUUUGGCGACCAUCGGAUCGUCGCCGCGAGUGCCAAACCAUACCAGCAGCGGAACCACGAGGCAAACGUGCGAUCCGACAAAGCUGCCCAGCCGGCACGGCACCGGCUGUUAGUUAAUCAAAUUGUCCAAAAAUACUAUCCCAACCAGCGUCGCCACCGGCGGUCCAUGCUGCUGCGCCGAUCGGCCCGGAGCAUCCAGACCGGCCCGGAAUCCAGCGAACCGAAGCCAAAGUCGGAUGCAGCUAUUGUGUCCUCCUCUUUCUCCUCUCGCGCCACACUAUCUCCCAAUUCUAUUUCUACGACUACACCACCGCCAACCGUCUCCGCUGCCCACCAGCGGACACGUAUCGAACCUGUUGUACAUGAACCUUCCAACCAGAUGAGUAGUAGUAAUUAUAACCAAAACAGUGAAUACGACAAACCAGAAAAGAAUGGGAAGAUGGCUGUGACUGAUAUUAUUAGGAGUAAUAAUAGUGAACAUUAUUUUGCUAGCAACUUGACGCUCGCUAAUGUCGAGCAUUCAUCAUCGGAUAACAACAGAGAGAGGGCGGGGAUAGGAUCCGGGAGCUUGCCACUGGCUCGAAAGCAAGAUGCUGCUGUACCGGAAGUCGAGCAUCGAGCGGAAACCGACUUGGUGAGGACGGACGUGGCAUUGGGUGAAGAUAGUACCACCCACCAGCGUCUGCCAGAUCCGGAGACUAAUACAUCAGCGCAGAGCAACGCCGUUAUGGCAACACAAACAGUGACAACGACAGUCAACGGAAGAGCAGCAGAAGCGGUUCCAUCGGGGGUGAAUGCCGUUGUAGAACGAACAAUAACACCACGGGAACAUUUGCCGCAAAAUAGCUACAGUGCUAUUAACGUCGACAGUUUCAAUUUGCUCGACGUUGGCGUUCACGUCAGCAACAGCAGCAGCGAACGGAUGACAGUGGUGGCCGAUGGUGCGGAUUCCUCUUCGACGCACACCGGCUCCAAACCGAUGCAGCACGAAAUACGAACCAGUAAUAACAUAUUUGCUGGUGAAAACUUUGACGAGCAAAUUAUUUUCCUCAACGGUGGCGAUUUGCUGGAAGCCAGUCCGGAGCAGUACGACAUGCGCCAGUUCGGCAAGGUGGAGCGGGACAUCGGGAUGAGCGACUUGAGAAAUAUCAACUCGUUCCUCGGCGACGAACCGAUUGCACUACCGUUGCGGCCCAUUAUUCGGGGUCCGACGGACGAUCACACCGAGGACAAUGUGGUCGUCAUCUAUGCCGAGCAGCAUGAAACGGUUACGUUGGCCUGCGAAGUGGACGCCGACAUCACUUCCAGCGUAUGGCUUAAGGAUGGCCAGAUGGUGCACAUCAUGGACAAAAAGUCACGAACCGAUGACGUUCGGUUUGUGCGGGAAUCACACGGUGGCAUUACCAUUCGCAACGUGAUGCUGGAGGACGACGGCGUGUGGCAGUGCGAGGCGGAAAAUGCCCGGGGCUUCUUCUUCAAUGGGCGGCCCAUCAAGCUGGUUGUGCUGGAUCCCCCGAAGGAACCGUACCUGCUGAUAGACCAGCGGCGCCUCGACGCAGGAAACAUGUUCAUCCCGGUGAAGGAAAACUCGGAACUAACGCUGGCCUGCGUCAGCGAAGGCGGAAAUCCGAAACCGUCGCUCAGCUGGGAGGUGCUGCUAAGUCCCGGAAUCGACCGUCACGCACAAAAAAUUUCCAACGAUGUGCUAGAACUGCAGGAGAUUAAGCGAGACAAGGAUAAGGAAUCCUACAAAAUAAACACAGGUGCUAUUUCGGAAGCGAAACUUCCGGCGGUCUUUCGUGUGCAUCACAACGCGCGCAUUCUCUGCGUUAUGGAACAUCCGACGCUCAAAAUGCGUCAAAACGCUUCCAUCCUACUGGACGUGCAGUAUACUCCCUCAUUCGCCAUCACGCGAACGCCCGGCUUUGGCUACCCGCUGCGGGAAGGCAUUGAGGUGUCGCUCAAAUGUGACGUCGACUCUAAUCCACCGUCGACGCCGGUCUGGCAGAAAGAUGAUGGCGAAACGCCGGUACCGCAGACUGGCGAUGGGUUCCUCAAUUUCAGCUCGAUUAGACGAGAACAUUCGGGCUGGUACAAGUGCACCUCGCGGCAUCUCAACUUCCAGUACUCGAGCAUCGGAUACUACCUUAGCGUGCGAUACGAUUCGGUUGAUGUCACGUCGGAACCGGUAGAACAGGAUCUGCCGCUGUCCUCGUCGUCGUCUUCCUCGUCGGCAACUUCGGCUGCCGCUGGUCUCCAGCUUGGUGCUAAUAACUUCAAAGGUGGCCAAAUGGAAGUGGAACUCGGCGGCUCCGUCACGCUCCAGUGUCCCCAGGGUUCACUCGGUUGCUGGUCCCAUUUGGAUCCGAUAACGGCCCGCCUGAAAGGACUCGGCGUCGGCAUCUCUACGCCAACUGGCCAAUUUUCGCUGAAGGACGUCGUCUACCAGGACGCCGGAACGUACAAGUGUGUUGGCCAGAGCUCGACCAAUCGCAAAAAGCUCGAAGUACUGCAAACGGUUUCGAUUGCUGUUAAAGGAGCACCGACAGUGAUUGCCCGAAAUACGACCCCGGUAGCCUUUCCGGGCUCGCCGCUGCACCUAUCUGUGGAGUUUUGUGCCAAUCCGCCGGCCUAUGCAGCCCGAUGGUUGCACGGUGAUCUGGUCUAUACGCCCGGUAAAAAGUACGGAGACGACGUACUGGCCUAUGGAUUUAUCGAUCUGCCGACACCAUUCUGCAAGGAGGCUCGUCUAACCUACGUGCACAUGCACGAGAAAGUUCCUCGUACGUUCUAUUUCAUCGUAUCAUCGCCAGGUGGCGUUGCGGAAGCGAUCUUCAACGUGAACUUCACGCUGAAGCACAAAACCACCGGUUCCUCGCUGUCCUCGUUCUCCGCAUCGUCAUCAUCAUCAUCAUCCUCGUCGUCGUCCUCCUCCGGUGGCUCAACGGGAAUAUUCGGAUCAGCUUCGUCAUCCUUCCCGUCGGUCUCCUCCUCAUCGUCAUCAUCCUCAUCGUCGGCGUCCGCUUCCGGUGGUGGAGGGCUCAGCAACGGUGGCUCCGGCUACAAAAUCAACACCAACACUAUCAACAACAUGCCGAACAACGGGCUGGACGAGGACGAGGAACUGAUGGAACCGGAAGAGAUUCAUUUUCCCAUCUUUGGCUCGGGUGCCAACGGGCCGUCACUGCUCAUCUGUAAGCAUUACUCUACUCUUUAUCGUUGUUACUCCAUACUCCUAGCAUUGUUGACGUGUUUUAGAUAUGUUUUAUUAAAGUAUUAA